CAAUCGCUUACAUAUAGGGGAUCGCUUGGAGCUGAAUUAGGGGAGACGCGAUAAAGCCUUAUCAAGGAGAUUUUAGACUGGGGCAGGACUCUCUGUCGCUUUGCACAUAAAUGUCCUAAAUCGGAGCCCGUAUGCUGCACUGGCUCAGACAGCGCCUCCAAGGCAGGUGCCUGGGAUUAGCCAGAGGCAGGGAAUCAGAUAAGGUUGUAUAUUGGAUGGUAUGAGCCCUGCUGGGCAUUGUGGUAUAAUCUCCAUCCUGGAGAAUAUAAAAGAUCGCUGCGUCUGCUAGCCAGCGCUUGCCUGCGAUCACAUUACUUGUCUGAUUGUCAUCAUUUCGGUCAGUGCUGGGAGUCUGUGAUGUCAAUGGACAAAUCAGUCAGAAUAACAUGAAUGAGGAAUCGGUGAUGUAACUGAGAGAAUAUCCUCCUCCUCCCAUGGCCAUUCUGAUGGCUGCUCGCCUGUGAGCUACUUGCCAUUGUGUGACAGGGAGACAAGGGUGAAUGCCUCGGAAUCUGCUGCUGCCAUCACAUCGCAUCGUGUAGCCCAGGCAGCCUUCUAUUGUGUAGGGCACACAGGGGAUGCCGCACUCUCUGCCCUGAGCGCUGCUGGCCCCAGGCUGGUCCUGUCCAUGGGCUGGUGCUGAGCAGAGACCAAACACAACAUGUGGGUGAAUCCAGAGGAGGUGUUACUGGCAAACGCCCUGUGGGUCACGGAGAGGGCUAAUCCCUAUUUCAUCCUGCAGAGAAGAAAGGGCCAUGGGACGAGAGGAAGUGGGGGACUGGCAGGGUUGCUUGUGGGAACGCUGGAUGUUGUCUUGGAUUCUAGUGCAAGGGUUGCACCUUAUCGCAUCCUGUAUCAGACACCUGACUCUCUGGUAUAUUGGACCAUUGCGUGUGGAGGUUGCCGAAGGGAGGUAACAGAGCACUGGGAGUGGCUGGAAGUUAAUUUGCUGCAGACCCUCUCUAUAUUUGAAAAUGAAAAUGACAUCACAACAUUUGUGAAAGGAAAAAUCCAGGGUAUCAUUGCAGAGUAUAAUAAAAUAAAUGGUAUAAAAGAAGAUGAUGACACAGACAAGUUCAAGGAGGCUAUAGUCAAGUUCCACAAGCUGUUUGGGAUGCCAGAAGAGGAGAAGUUAGUAAACUAUUACUCAUGCAGCUACUGGAAAGGCAGGGUUCCUCGACAAGGAUGGAUGUAUCUCAGCAUCAACCACCUUUGUUUCUACUCCUUUCUGCUGGGGAAAGAAGCAAAACUGGUGAUCCGAUGGGUUGAUAUAACACAGCUGGAAAAGACAGCCACGCUUCUGCUCCCUGACAUGAUUAAAGUCAACACACGCUCCAGUGAGCAUUUCUUUUCUGUGUUCCUCAACAUUGGUGAGACAUUCAAACUGAUGGAGCAGCUUGCCAAUAUAGCCAUGAGACAGCUUCUUGAUAAUGAGGGUUUUGAGCAGGACAGAUCCCUCCCAAAACUGAAAAAGAAGUCUCCAAAAAAAGUGUCUGCCUUAAAACGUGAUUUGGAUGCCAGAGCAAAGAGUGAGAGAUACCGGGCACUGUUCCGCCUACCAAAAGAUGAGAAGCUGGAUGGACACACUGAUUGCACACUCUGGACACCAUUUAGUAAAAGGCACAUUCUGGGGCAGAUGUUUGUUUCCACAAAUUAUAUUUGCUUCACUAGUAAAGAAGAGAACUUGUGCAGCCUGAUCAUUCCAUUGCGAGAGGUGACAAUAGUAGAAAAGGCUGACAGCUCCAGUGUGUUGCCAAGCCCUCUUUCUAUUAGCACCAGAAACAGAAUGACUUUCCUGUUUGCCAACCUAAAGGACCGAGACUUUCUUGUGCAGAGGAUAUCUGACUUCCUGCAGCAGACUACUCUCAAAAUGUAUUUUGAUAAAGACAUUUCUGGAAGCGACAACAGCCUUGAUGAAGAGGUUUACUCCAGGGCCAGCGUAUUUGUUUCCUGCAGCCCUAAGCAAAGCGUUGGCAAUGAAACAGAUGGUGAGCGCCAAUUCAACCUAAACUGCAAUAGUGCGCCAACUGCAACCCAGACACUAAUGACCAUGUAUCGCAGGAGGUCGCCGGAAGAGUUCAAUCCUAAACUGGCCAAGGAGUUUCUGAAGGAGCAAGCCUGGAAGACACACUUUACAGAAUAUGGCCAAGGGGUGUGCAUGUAUCGUACAGAGAAAACACGCGACCUUGUUCUGAAAGGCAUCCCGGAGGUCAUGCGAGGGGAGCUAUGGCUGCUGUUUUCAGGAGCCAUAAAUGAGAUGGCCACACACCCUGGGUAUUAUGAGGAGUUGGUUGAGAAGUCCAUGGGCAAAUAUAAUCUUGCUACAGAGGAAAUCGAACGAGACCUGCACCGUUCUCUCCCAGAGCAUCCUGCCUUUCAGAAUGAAAUAGGGAUAUCGGCACUGCGGAGAGUGCUCACUGCUUAUGCCUUCAGGAACCCAAACAUUGGUUACUGCCAAGCUAUGAAUAUAGUGACAUCAGUCCUCCUUCUAUAUGCCAAAGAAGAGGAAGCCUUUUGGUUGCUUGUAGCUCUGUGUGAACGCAUGCUUCCCGAUUACUAUAACACCAGGGUGGUUGGUGCUCUUGUAGACCAAGGAGUAUUUGAAGAGUUGGCCAGGGAUUAUGUGCCACAGUUGUACGACUGCAUGCAGGACCUGGGUGUGAUCUCCACCAUCUCACUCUCAUGGUUCCUCACCCUGUUCCUCAGUGUAAUGCCCUUUGAAAGUGCAGUUGUGGUCGUAGAUUGUUUCUUCUAUGAAGGCAUCAAGGUGAUAUUCCAGCUAGCCCUUGCUGUUCUAGAGGCAAAUGUGGACAAGCUUCUGAACUGUAAAGACGAUGGAGAAGCAAUGACUGUUUUGGGCAGGUAUUUAGAUAGCGUGACUAACAAAGACAGCACCUUGCCACCAAUCCCGCACCUCCAUUCUCUCAUCACAGACGAUUCUGAGCCCUAUCCAGAGGUGGACAUCUUUAAACUGAUCAGCACUUCCUAUCAGAAAUUUGGAACAAUAAGAGCCGACUUGAUAGAACAGAUGAGAUUCAAACAAAGGCUUAAAGUGAUACAGACUCUUGAGGACACUACGAAAAGAAAUGUGGUCCGAACAAUAGUGACUGACACUGCAUUUACUAUCAAUGAAUUGGAGGAAUUGUAUGCUCUCUUCAAGGCGGAGCACCUAACUAGUUGUUACUGGGGAGGCAAUAGCAGCGCAGUGGAGCGCCAUGAUCCCAGCCUACCGUACUUGGAACAGUAUCGCAUAGACUUCCAGCAAUUCAAGGGCAUGUUCUGCUUGCUCUUUCCAUGGGCUAGUGGAGCACACACCGAUGUGAUGGCCUUCCGGCUCUUUCGCCUGCUGGAUGAAAAUGGAGACUGCUUAAUUAACUUCCGAGAAUUUGUCUCUAGCCUGAGUGCUGCAUGUCACGGUGAUCUCACAGAGAAACUGAAGCUUCUGUACAGGAUGCAUACAUUGCCUGAUCCGUCCCCUGAACAGGAAGAGCCUGACUCUGCGUUUGAGGCCACUCAGUACUUUUUUGAAGAUAUUACACCAGAGUGCAGCCAAGUGAAAAAGAUGACAAGCCAGGACAGUCGGCUCUACCUCCGUAUGUGGGCACAAGAAAACAGAAGUAAACAAAAAGUUGACAAGGAACUUCCUAGGCUAAACCAGGGCCAGUUCAUUGAGUUGUGCAAGACAUUGUAUAACAUGUUCAGCGAGGACCCAUGUGAGCAAGAACUCUACCAUGCCACUGCUGCAGUCACAAGCUUAUUGCUGGAGAUUGGUGAAGUGGGAAAGCUAUUCUGCAGCCAAACAAUGGAGGACAUUCCUAAUCAGAGCUGCAAGGAAAGUGAAAGCAGAACUCAAGAAACAAAGGUUUCCCAGACAUACAAUUAUGAACACGAGGGGCUCUUUUGCGACAGACCUGUUUCCAGAGGCAGUGUCGGAGACCUCAACUCAGAUCAGAUGGAGGAAGUGAAGCUGGAAGAUUCCUCUCCCAGAGACAAUGGGGCUUGUUCAUCCAUGCUUAUAUCAGAUGAUGACACUAAAGACGACAGCUCUAUGUCUUCAUAUUCUGUGCUGAGUGCUGGAUCCCAUGAAGAUGAUAAAUUGCAAUGUGAGGAUAUUGGUGAGGACACUGUUUUAGUGCGCACCCAGCAGAAGUCUUCUUUGCCCAGCAGUACCAGUUUGGACAGGGAUUGGGCUGUUACAUUUGAGCAGUUUCUUGCUUCUCUCUUGAUGGAACCUGCACUUGUAAGAUACUUUGACAAGCCAGUGUCCAUGAUGGCUAAAAUUACCAAUGCAAAGAACGUUCGCAUGAUGGGAAAAGCCAUGCCUUCCUCAAGUGAUUAUGACAUUUCUAUCUCUGGAUAAGAGAUUACUUGGUUGAUUUAUGAGCAGAAGGAGUAGCAGGGGUGGGCACAAUAGGUACUUAUAUAUAUAUACAGUGGUUUUGUCCAAAAGUUUUUUUUUUUUUAGAAUGGAAAAAAUUUGGUCACAUUUGGAACCUUCCAGCAAUGGAAAGCACCUGUGACUGUUUUAUUGUGGAUGAACUGUGGCUGAAUUGCGUCCGAUUGUACAUAAGAAUUACUCCUCAAUAUCCAUGGGAUUUUAACUGCGUCGGCAGAUUUUAAAGAAAACAGGAGCAUAUCUCACCUUUUUAUUUCCAGACUGUUCAGUGGUUUACAAUAUGCAGGUUAUAAAAUCAAGAGUUUUGGAUUGUAUCCUAAUAUAAAGUAAGAACACAAACGGCCUAUAAGCAAAGAAGUAGGAACAAGCUUUUAAUGUAAGUCCAUAAGAAGUAUAUGCUGUAUAUGUAUUUUUAAAGUAAAGAACAGAUAACUAGAACAGUACUGUAACUCUAAAUCCUAUUGUCUCAAAGAAUAUAUAGACAUAUCCUUUUGUUUAACUCCCUCCCAUCCCUCUUGGAGAUAUUAUUUGCUGUUACAGAAUGAAGCACAUGCACUUUGAAUCUUUUUUGUCUUUAUAUUCAGGAGUAUCAUUGUUAAUUUGUUGUAAACAUUCUCAUUGUGUAUUUAACUAUUCCAUAUGUGCAUUAUUUGUACAUUUUUUUUUUCAUUUUUUACUUUAAAGCUGAUUUUUAAUUUAAUAUAUAUAUAUAGAGAGAGAGAGAUGUGUAUAUACAUAUAUAUGUAAAUCACCCCAUAACUGCUACCGAACCAAUAAUGGAUGCUGCUGUUACAUUUCCCUGCCCAUGAGACCUAGAUAAUAGAGUUCAUAUCAGCAGAUUAAAGCACUCGUAAACUUCCUGUCUCACUGCCUCGGCACAUUUCUGGAUUGUCCUGGCAUUCGCUAUUCCCAAAUCACUGUAUACAUAAUAAAUGAAGUAGGAAAUGGCUUAGAAGAGUUAUACUGAAUCCGGUGCCUACUUCGAUACCUUUGUUAGGUCAGGCAUAGUUUGACAUGCAGCACCCUUAAGAAGCCACCCUAGAAUGGAGCAUCAGUUUGAGAGCAAUGUGGCAUUCCUGAUUUUUUGCCUGACGUUCAUUUCAAACAAUAAAGACAUUUCUUCAGUGAAUUUACUUCUCCAUAUAGUUCUGCAUAAAGACGCAAAGAACAAUGGCCUCCCUGACUGAUAAUUGAUUGAAGCUUUGUUAGCUAUCACUAAUGAAGGGUGGAUUGCAUUGGGCCAUAGAUGCCAUUUUCUCCUGACAAGUAUGCUUGGGGUCUCUGUACAUUUGUUUCUGGCCAUAACAGCCAUAUCAUUCAGAGAUGGAGUGCCGGCGAGCACAGGGAAAGGAGCUCUGUCUUUUGAUCAGCCUAUUAAAUGUUUGGAACACCAUGUAAUAAUACUCUGGUAUCUGUCUACAUAUACAGUACUUAUAGUUGUAUGCUUAUAAUGGUCUGUGGUGAGGCUAGGAUUAAUAGCUGAACAGCCUGAUUUUUUGCUUCAUUUGGCCCUGUUCUUACUGCCUUCCCCUACUGCCUUGCUCCUGCCAGCACUGUGCUCCGCACCUCACACAGAUAUGCCUCAAAUGCAAGUCCAAGGCCCCAUAUCCUAAAUUUCUGCCCAAACAUAGGUCAAUAUUGUAGUGCAAUUAGGGCUUUAAUAACCUGACUGACCCAAUAUUAGUUUGUGUAUUGGCACCAAUUUACCUGACUGUCCACGAGAUCUGUUUGGGGAUCUGAUCACUCACUCUGAGGUGCUGCAUGUGGUCAUUUGUUGCUUAGUCUUAGGCUGGAUGACAAUAUAUAUAUUACCGGUAUGCAUAUAUAUGCAUUUAGUAGCCAUACUGGCAACCCAUGUCAGGGUCCCAUUCCCAGUGCCACCUUUAUGUGGCUCCCUGUACAGCUCAGGCACCAUAAUAGGGCUGCUUUUGACAAACUCACCAAUCAUUUUUUCAUGUGUGGGCCCUGUAAAUCUGAGGGAAUUCAAAUCAGGUCUCUAAAGUCAGCCAUAGCCAGGCUAAAUUUGUACACUCUUCAACUGAAAAGUCCACGAGGUAAAUGGAAAGAGAUAAUACAAGGAACCACACAUGGUAUGGCCGCCUUUUCAUCGUUCUGGUCAUGAAUGAUCAGAACAGCAGGAAGUGCAGCUGCUCAGCUAUCUUUGCAUUGGCCGAUAUGGUGUGUCUGCAGAUUAAUAUACAAGUUUAUAACCUGCCUGAUGGCUAGACCAACCAAUAUGCAUAGUACAUGGAUUGUAAUUGGAUUGGUGUACUCCCAUACACACACAUAGUUUCAUAUGAUCUUACCCAUGCAUGUAUGGCCACUUUUAAAACAGAAUGCCCCCCAUCACUGAUUGUAUGGCUUGGUCUCCUUACAGGCAGGAGUUAUGUGCAGACCAUUAGUUUCGGAUUGACACUCAUUCCAAGAAAAGAAUAUGAAUUGAUAAAUAAGCCAACGGUCCAUUUUUUCUGGCUUGUGUGUGUAUUUACAUUGCCGUCAUACUGUUGUGCAAUAUUAUUGACAUCUAUGCAUAGAACCUUUUAGUGUUAGUCCUUCAGAAUGCCGGCAGUUUGUGUAUUCACCUUCAGAGUUCAUUAGCCUCGCUACAGUAUACAGUAUGCCAGUGCAACAGGACAGGGCUUAUGUAAAACCAAUCAACAGUUACUUAUAUAUUUCUCUCCUGCCUUGCUUUUUCCAGGAAUAAUCUGAGAACACUAUGACCCCAAGAUGUAGUUGCACGGCAACAAGCAGCAUCCCUUAAGUGAGAGUUGUAUCACCCAUGGCACUUAUAGGUGACUGUUCAGAAUAGUAAGGAAAGUUCUUCAGUAUUUCUGUAAAUUUCUCAGAUCUGUUUACUUUUAUUUCCAUUUUCUUCACUGUAAACCAAUAGAAUGCCAUUUACAUCCGCAACUGCAGUCUCACUAAAAUAGACACAAAUAUUGUGCAUAUUGACGCAACUCAUUAAAGGUGUCCAAACAUG